GGCCGCUGUCAGGAUGAGGCGGAGGAGGCGGUGGCCCGGCCCGGCCGCUCCCGUCUCUCUGCCCGUGGCGUAGCGGUCCCCGCCCGGAGGAGGCCGCGGCGGUGCCGCCCGCCGAGCCAUGGCCCAGCCGGGCCCCAGCGCCCAGACCGAAGAUGCUCUUCUACAACGGGUAGCAGAAUUGGAAAAGGUCAAUGCAGAAUUUCUGCGCACAAAGCAGCAACUUGAGCAAGAAUUUAAUCAAAAGAGAGCAAAAUUUAAGGAGUUAUACCUGGCUAAGGAAGAGGACCUGAAGAGGCAGAAUGCAGUGCUGCAGGCAGCCCAGGAUGACCUGGGCCAGCUGCGCACGCAGCUGAUGGAGGCCCACGCCGAGAUGGAGAACAUCAAGGCCAUCGCCACAGUGUCAGAGACCACCAAGCAGGAGGCCAUCGAUGAGGUCAAGAGGCAGUGGCAAGAAGAAGUGGCUUCCCUCCAGGCCAUCAUGAAAGAGACUGUCCGUGACUAUGAGCUGCAGUAUCACCACAGGAUGGAGCAGGAGCGAGCUCAGUGGAACCAGUACCGAGAGAACAUGGAGAGGGAAAUUGCAGAGCUGAGGAGGAGACUGUCUGAAGGCCAGGAGGAGGAAAACCUAGAAAAUGAAAUGAAAAAGGCUCAGGAAGAUGCCGAGAAGCUGCGCUCGGUUGUGAUGCCCAUGGAGAAAGAGAUUGCAGCCCUAAAGGAGAAACUGGCAGAAGCUGAAGAAAAAAUAAAAGCAGCAUCAGAGGUUAAAGAACUGAACCAUUAUUUAGAAGCUGAGAAGUCAUGUAGGACAGACUUGGAGAUGUACGUGGCUGUUCUCAACACACAAAAAUCAGUCCUGCAAGAAGAUGCAGAGAAGUUGAGGAAGGAGCUGCAUGAAGUUUGCCAUCUCCUAGAGCAAGAGAGGCAGCAGCACAACCAGCUGAAACACACGUGGCAGAAAGCCAAUGACCAGUUCCUGGAGUCCCAGAGGCUGCUGAUGAGGGACAUGCAGAGGAUGGAAAUUGUGCUCACCUCAGAGCAGCUCCGGCAGGUGGAAGAGCUGAAAAAAAAGGAUCAGGAAGAAGAUGAUCAGCAAAGGCUUAGCAAGAGAAAGGAAGAGAAGCAAAAAGAUUCAGAUGAUGAAACAAAGGCUUCAUGUUCUCUGGCCCCUGAAGAAACCCUUACCCAGCUCUCUAAUGAAGAGGUGCAUGUGAACAGCACCCAUGGCUCAGUCCAUUCCCUGGAUGCAGACUUGCUUCUUUCCUCUGGAGAAUCCUUCAAUAAACCAGACACUGAUAUGUUUAAAGAUGGACUUAGGAGAGCACAGUCAACAGACAGUCUGGGCACAUCUGGAUCCUUACAGUCCAAAGCUUUAGGGUACAACAACAAAGCAAAAUCUGCUGGGAACCUGGAUGAGUCAGACUUUGGACCACUUGUUGGAGCAGAUUCAGUGUCUGAGAACUUUGAUACGGCUUCCCUCGGAUCCCUGCAAAUGCCCAGUGGCUUCAUGUUGACCAAAGAUCAGGAAAAAGCAAUCAAAGCAAUGACACCAGAGCAGGAAGAGACUGCUUCCCUGCUCUCCAGUGUCACCCAGGGCGUGGAGAGUGCUUACGUGUCCCCCAGCGGGUACCGCCUGGUCAGCGAGACAGAGUGGAACCUGCUGCAGAAGGAGGUGCAGAAUGCAGGGAACAAGCUGGGCAGGCGCUGUGACAUGUGCUCCAAUUAUGAGAAGCAGCUACAAGGGAUCCAGAUCCAGGAGGCUGAGACCAGAGACCAGGUGAAAAAGCUGCAGGUGAUGCUGAGGCAAGCUAAUGACCAGCUGGAGAAGACAAUGAAAGAUAAACAGGAAUUGGAGGAUUACAUGAAACAAAGUGCUGAAGACUCCUCUAAUCAGAUCUCCUUGCUCAUGGCCAAGUGUCAGAAGUCAGAGAAUUUCCUCAGUGAGCUGCAGCAGGCAUUUCUGCAAGCCAAGAGAAGUGUCCAGGAGCAAAUGGCUGUCCUGACACAGUCAAGGGAGCAGGUUUCAGAAGAGUUGGUGAGACUGCAAAAAGAUAAUGAAAGUCUUCAAGGAAAACACAGCUUGCAUGUGUCCUUACAGCAGGCUGAAGAUUUCAUUCUACCAGAGGCAACAGAGGAGCUCCGGGAGCUGAUCCUCAAGUACAGGCAGGACAUCAUCAGUGUGAGGACAGCUGCAGAUCACCUCGAGGAGAAGCUGAAGGCAGAGAUCCUCUUCUUGAAGGAACAGAUCCAAGCUGAGCAAUAUUUGAAAGAAAAUAUAGAAGAAACUCUACAGCUGGAAAUAGAGAAUUGCAAAGAGGAAAUAGCUUCCAUUUCCAGUUUAAAAGCUGAACUGGAAAGAAUAAAAGCAGAAAAGGAACAGUUGGAAAGUUCUUCACAGGAAAACCUGCAGCAGCUGGAGAGUCUGCAGGAGGCAAAGAAUGCUCUAGAAGAACAGCUGAAGAAGGAGACUGCAGCAAAGGCCAACCUUGAGCAGCUGGUGUUUGAAGAGAAGAACAAAGCCCAGAGGUUGCAGACUGAAUUGGAUGUCAGUGAGCAAGUGCAGAGAGACUUUGUAAAGCUUUCUCAGACACUUCAGGUGCAGCUGGAGAGGAUCCGGCAGGCAGAUUCCCUGGAGAGGAUCCGUGCAAUCCUGAACGACACAAAACUGACGGACAUUAAUCAGCUCCCUGAAACAUGACAGGCACCCUGAUGGGCUCCAAGGCUGUGGCUGAGGUUUUUAACUCAUCUUUAUAGCAACAUUAAUUAUUAUUUAACUCUAACCGAGAGAGCAGAAGACAACAGAGGGGAGCAAUGACUUAAGUUUUGUUUCUAGAGGGGAAAAAGGUUUCGUACUGGGCAGGAAGAGAGCACAAGGGUGACUUGUAGUGUAGGAAGGAGAAUUUCUAAUGGAAACACUAAUGAGUGCAGUGUUUCGUGUUCCACUGAGUGGGAUCAGUCCUUACAUUCUGAAAAACUUCCCUCUUUCAGCUGACUUCGUAACCUAAUAUAGAGUUUUGGAACAUAAACCCCUGUCUUUCCCUCUGUUCUUUCCCCCACUACUGUGAUCAAAGUAGCUGCUGGAAACUAUUGUCCCUCCAAAACGUUGAAGAGCAAAGUGGUUGAAGUUUUUCUGUUUGAAUAGUCAGUAACAGUAUUCAGCUAGCAGAGAGAAUGAGGUGUAGAGUAUGCUGUAUGAAUAUUUUAUAUUAAAAUAUGACUUUAUUAGCAGGACACUGGAUAUUGAUCUUAUUUCAUAACUCAGUACUUUUUUUUUAAAAAACCCAUUGGCUCUGUGAAGAAUCUGAAUGCUGCUGAAAUGUGGAUAUGAGUGAGCUGUGUAUCUCCUGAACAGAUAAAUGCUAAUCCAAAAGAAAAAGAACACUGUACUGAGAAUUUAACUCCUUGCCAUUUUUCUGUUGAAUUCAGAUACAGAAAGAAAAGCACAAGAAAUGCACUGUUUUGUAAUCUCUUUUCACAAAUGUAAUUUAGAAUAUGGAGCUACAACCGGUUGUUUCUCAUCUCCUAAAGCUGAGCAGUGCCUGGAAUCCCUUCUCUGUGGAAAAAAACAAACCAAAAACCAAGCAAACAAAAAACCCAAACAGAAAAAAGCUGGUAAAAGUCAUGUGCAUGUGUGAGCAUUGGCCUGAGGUGGGGCAGGUGUGCUCUGCUCUGGGGGUGGCACAGGAGCUCUCUGGGGAGAGAAGGUGUCCAGUGAAGCUGUGAGUGAAGCUGUUCCUGCCCCCUCUGCCAGGGCAGUGCCAGCACCCAGGGAGGCACUGCCAGCCCCUCCUGGGCAGGGCACAGCCUGCAGGAGCUGCAGGGUUGUGCUGCUGGAGGGGGCAGUGCAGCUCUGCUGUCCUGCACUGCUCAGGGCUGCCUCCUGUGCUUGCCCUGGUCCUGCUCCCAGACUGUUGAAUUACACUGAGUAAUGUGGCAGCAGAGGCAGGAAAUUCUUGGGAUCACUCAGUUGCCAGGUUUGGGUUUCUUGUUCUAUAAAUGUCCAGAGGUAACAUGAGCAUUCUUCCUCCUCCUCCUCCUCCUCCUCCUCCUCCUCCUCCUCCUCCUCCUGCACUGCUGGAGCUCCAUGCAUGCAGCUGGACACAUUCCUGAGCUGUUGCAGGUGUUGAUGAUCCUGGUGGUACAAACCCAAUUCUUGAACUUUACAACUCAGUUCAAAGGAGGCUGAAGGAGCAGAUCCUGCUGUCCAAAACUUCUUAGCUUUUCCUUCAUUCCUUGAUGUUUUUUCUUCAUAUACUUGGCCAGAGAUCUGCUUUUCUUCAUCACCUUCAAAAGUGACAGAAAAUGCUCCAAACUGCAAUGCACAUGACUAUAUAUUUUAAGUGCUUAGAUCCUAUUUUUAGCAGUGUAUAUCCUGCUACUGACAUAAAGUCAGAACCAGUGGUUUUGAAGAGGAAUGCCUUAAAAACAGCCAAAAAAGCAUCAUACAAGCUCAAUUCCUUGCCACUCAUUACAAGAAUUAAAGCAUUUUAUUCACCCUAGCAAUUAAUUCCCUUCAUAAUCCUGACACCCAAAAGCAAUUUUUCCUACCUUAGUAAUGACUAACAGAUGGCAGAGCUGUCAUGUCUAGAGAUGACACUUACUGUCACAUAAAGGUGACGUUGAAGUGUGGCUUGAGUCUGAUUUGGCAAUUACCAGAUUAGGGGUUUUUUACUCUUCCUCACUAUUUGCUGAACUGUGGGUGACAGCAGCCAGGUCCUGAUGCAUAAAUCCAGGACCAGAUGUUUUCAUUCAGUUUUCCAAUGGCUGGGUAGACUUUGGAGACAGAACUACAGGCCUUUAGUAGGAGCUGCAGAACAGAAAGGAAAGCUUUUUUCUCUGUUCCCACCCUCCCUUGCCAAAAUGUGUACCAGGUUACAGGGUUAGUUACUGUAACUGGGGCCUCACCUGUGCAGGAGGUGGAAGGAAGCCUCGUGUAUGGCAAAACUACACCACAUCCUGCACCUUCUUCAGCAAGCUGAGCUCUUUAGGAACUGCACCUUGAAGUCUUCACAGUAAAGUAUUUUUUGGUUGUGUUUCUGGAUGGUCCCAGUGUGAGAGAGCAGGGAAAGGGGCUGUUCUGGCCUUCCAGCAUCCCUUGCUGGUCCUGUGUCUGACCUGUUCUGAGCAGCCCUGGCUGUGCUGGCUCAGAGCCUUUCAGGUGCUCCAGGGCUGGGGGCUUUUCCUUGCUGUGUUUUUAUGGCUCAUGGGCACAGCUUUCCCCACUGUGGUGGUGUCAGGGCGAGCUCAUGGCUGCAGUCUGGCAGGAAGGAGGUGAGUGGGGCAAAUGCUUUGGGCUCCUUGGUAGCCCCAGGGCCUGUGGAGCUGCUCCCAAGGCAGCCCUGCAGCCCUGGGGGUGUGCACUGUGUGCUUUUCCUUGUUGGUGAACCAGGCACUGUAAAGGUCCCUGGAGGAACUUUGGUGGGGAGAGGAGGGCAGGCAGCUCUUGCAUGGUUUUUCCUUUUCACCUCCCUGUUCCAUCACACAGCCCAACACCUGUGCUCCCGUCCCAGUACCAGCUGUGGCCAUUUUAGUGUUGGAACACGAGUCACCCUUUUCACCAACUGCUGUAAUGUCAGACUUUUAAACAAUUCAGUUUGCAAUUGGAACCCUGGCUGUUCACAGAAGUGGUGGGAGAUGUGCUCCCUGCAAACUCCUGUCCCUCCUGGGGGAAGGACAGCAAAGCUUCAGCAGCAGCAACUGAGCUUCUGCUGAACUCAAACUCACAGGGGCCUUGAAAAGCAAAACAAGACAGUGUGUGCCAAAUUUGCAGAGCAAAUUUAAAAGACUGUAAAUGUAGGAAAAGCUCUUGGUGUAGAUACUCACUGGAUGAUGGAUUCUGGUGUUGCUGCUCAUGAACAUGAGAAAACAAAUGCUCUUCCUUCCAGUUCUGGGUGUUGUGGAGCACGGCUGGGGCCAGGGUGGCUUCUCCUGGCUCAGGCAGUGUCACUGCUCAGCUGUGCCAGGGGAUGAGCUGUUGGUGGAGGCUGUAACAGGGCCCAGGUGGAGUUCUGUCUGCAUUCCUGUACCUGUAUAGUCUUAACCUGUACAAAGUGUUCUUGCAGCAUGUCUGGUACCCCCCAGCAGUGCCCCCCCUGUUUUAGCAGUGCAGUAACUCCUGUCCCCCCUGAGCUUCACCAUGGCACCUUUUCCAAGGGCAGGGGUGAGGGACAACAAUUCCUUAUUGUCCACUAGAGUCUGUCUACAGCAGAGACUGAAUUGGCCUUGCAAUGGCAAGAAGGACUGCAGAGCCAUCUUGGCAAAAGGCAAACAGUGUUUGGAAGUGAAUACUGCAUUCCAGUGAGCCAAGCCAUUGGUGUCCUGUGCAAUCGUGGGUGUAGAAUUCUGCUGUCUCCAGGAUUCCAGUGUAACCAUUUGUUAACUGUACUGAAGGUGUGUCCUUUAUGGAGAAAGUGUUCCAAAUUAAAAAAAGCUGCUGAAG